AUGAAGGGAGGCUAUAAUGUCUUCUAUCGAUUGGAGUAUAAGGAUGGUACCUCUGCCGCUGUCAGAAUUCCUAGUCCAGCAACCAAGUUCCCGGACGAAAAGGUUCGCUAUGAAGUCGCAACAAUGAGAUAUGUCGCGGCCAACACCACUAUUCCAGUACCCAAGAUAUACCACUGGGGAACGGCAGAAGAAAACCCAUUGGGACUUUGA